AGCCCAGCUGAAAAAAUAAAAGACUCAACGGGUAUGCUUUGGUCGAACCAAAGCCCCUCCCUUUCUCUCUCUCUUAAACCCCCUCUGAAUCUUUCGUCUCCGCCUCUCUCCGGACAUUCUUCAUUUCUCUCUCAACAUUAUUUUCCACCAUGGCUUCAGCGGCACUGAGAAACCCUAACUCCAAACGCCUUUUCCAAUUAUCUUCCCCAAUCUACUGGUGCUGUCGAGGAUCGGCCUCUGCUCAUUUCGCUGUUUCCUCUUUGCUCGCUGGAAAUGACACUACCUCUGUGUCCGCUGGUCCAUGGUGGAGAUCCAUGGCUACCUUCACUCGGACUAAACCUCAUGUUAAUGUGGGAACAAUUGGACAUGUUGAUCAUGGAAAGACUACUCUUACCGCAGCAAUAACAAAGGUUCUGGCAGAAGAAGGUAAAGCCAAGGCUGUGGCCUUCGAUGAAAUUGACAAGGCCCCGGAGGAGAAAAAGAGAGGAAUUACAAUUGCAACGGCUCAUGUGGAGUAUGAAACUGCCAAGCGCCACUAUGCCCAUGUUGACUGCCCUGGACAUGCUGAUUAUGUCAAAAACAUGAUUACUGGAGCUGCCCAGAUGGAUGGUGGAAUUCUGGUUGUAUCUGCUCCUGAUGGGCCAAUGCCACAGACAAAGGAGCAUAUUCUGCUUGCUCGUCAGGUUGGUGUGCCAUCACUUGUGUGUUUCCUGAAUAAAGUUGAUGCUGUUGAUGAUCCUGAGUUAUUAGAGCUUGUGGAAAUGGAGCUCCGUGAACUGCUUAGUUUCUACAAGUUUCCUGGAGAUGAAAUCCCCAUCAUUCGAGGAUCAGCAUUGUCUGCUUUACAGGGAACAAAUGAAGAAAUUGGGAAAAAUGCCAUAUUAAAAUUAAUGGAUGCUGUGGAUGAAUACAUUCCUGAUCCUGUGAGGCAACUUGACAAGCCCUUCCUAAUGCCAAUAGAAGAUGUUUUCUCAAUUCAGGGACGUGGAACUGUUGCAACUGGACGUGUUGAGCAAGGGACCAUCAAAGUUGGUGAAGAAGUUGAAAUUUUGGGGUUAAUGCAGGGUGCUCCUCUUAAGACAACAGUGACAGGUGUUGAGAUGUUUAAGAAAAUUUUGGAUCAAGGACAAGCUGGUGAUAAUGUGGGUCUUCUCCUACGUGGUCUAAAGCGAGAAGAUGUGCAAAGAGGACAGGUGAUUGCCAAACCUGGAACUGUGAAAACAUACCGUAAGUUUGAGGCAGAGAUAUAUGUCCUCACAAAGGAUGAAGGUGGACGUCAUACUGCUUUCUUUUCCAACUAUAGGCCACAGUUUUACAUGAGGACUGCAGAUAUCACUGGCAAAGUAGAGUUGCCUGAAAAUGUUAAGAUGGUUAUGCCUGGGGACAAUGUGACUGCAACUUUUGAGUUGAUCUUACCUGUUCCCCUUGAAGCAGGACAAAGAUUUGCCUUGAGAGAGGGAGGUAGAACAGUCGGAGCAGGUGUGGUCUCAAAAGUACUUAGCUGAGUUGUUUUGGAGCCAGAUCUUUUGUGCUUUUUGUCUCCUCUUUCCUUAAAAGAGCUCUAGGUAAGAAGGCUAAGCAAAUGCCAUGUUCUAAUUUUUUACGUAGUCUGCAUUUGAAGCAAUGUUGAUUCUAGGCGUUACUGGAGAAUGGAGAUUGAUUGUUAAGUGAUAGCAAACGAGUUAGGUUGAAAGAUGGAUGUCUUCCAAUCCCUCAUGCAUAGCAGCAUACUGUUGAUCAACAUACUUGAUCUUUUUUGCCCCCUACAGGUUUAUGUGGGUUUAUCUUUAAAUAAAAAUAUCCCUUUCAAACUGUACAACUUUUUAGUCGCAAACUGUACUUCUACUGAACUAUAUUGCAAUGUCACUAAUCAUUUGUAUU